AUGGACAGACUACCGGAUUACUCAAAUGUGUACUUUCCUCCUCCGCCCAGCUCAUCAGGGACAAGUACCAAUCCCUCGGCUAUCUACUACCCGCCUCCGCCAGAACGCGCCCAGCCGUCAUCGACAUCUAGAACAAACCCUGGACCACCAGCAGGGUCAACUCAUACGCCCAGUUCAUCUAUAUCAUACCUUCCCGUCAAUAUCAGCACACCGCCACAGAUUCCUCUCCGCCAACGCGCACCAUCGAGUCCCUACCAACCGCACGCAUCGGUGUAUCAAGGCUCCCCCCUACCAUCGCCCUCUCUCCUACCCCCGGCACAACAUGUAUCCCGACCCGCAUCUCCAGCCUUCCGCACACGCUUCGCUGCUGUAUCCCUCCACGCCGCCGACCGCCUCCAAUUUCUCCGCUUCCCACCCGCCCUCUACUCCCUCCUCCGCGCCACAAUCCAAGCCGUCUGGACUCGCGGCAUCCAGCUCGAAAAGAUCUCCACGCAGCUCCUCGAACUCCAACUCAAAGGCAACCCCUGGGGCGUGCAUCGAGACAAUCCCGACGGACUCGGCAUCGGCGCCCUGCGCAAUGUCCUUGAUCGCGACUCAGAGGGCCAGGCGAUACACGCGCAGAGGUUGGUCUGCGCGCUGCUACGGGCGUUACAUAGCGAGGGUUGGGUCCUCAUGCAGAGCACCGAUGUGAGCCAGGUGCUGUGGGACGCUGACACGCUGCUUUUCCGGCACCAGAUGCCCGCACCUGCGCCGCAGGAGUGGUUCAGCGUCGUGUUCCAGCACAACCGGUUCCGAUUUGUGGAUGCGCCGCGGGGCCUCUGUCUGCGUGUCCUCGAACACCUCUCUAGCCAGAGGCUGGAGAUGAAGUUCAAGGACCAUGAGAAGGUGGAGGGGUGCUGCGAGGUCAAAUUCACGGGGAUGAUGAGGAGGGGGUCGCCGUACUUGGAUCCGGUGAUCAAUGCGGGGACUUUGAAGACGAGGAUGAUGUUUUUAGAUUUGUUGGGGGUGGUGGAGGAGAGUGGAUGGACAUUGUAUGCGAGCGUGGAGCAGAAUAUGAGAGGGGAUGGUGAGGGAAUGACGGACACGUGGUAUUGCUGCAGGCCGGUAGGGUGGGCUGAGGGAAAUCCGGUGUAUCAUAGUUGA